CGCGCGCCUAUCCAGGAAGUAAACUGUCCGGUUCGGUCUUGAGUCUGCGGAAUCGAGAAAGACACCACAGCUAGCGGAUACGGGUCCAGCGAGCUUUGCCCAAGACUUCUGAAGGGACAACGUGUCCUUGUCCCGGACUGUGUGCGUCACGUCCCCCUUCUCACAGACCCGGACCCGCUGACAGCUGUGCGCAGUGACGGUAGGAGCUCGCACACACACACACACACACACACACACACACACACACACACACACACAUACAAACAAUCAAUCCACAAACACUUGAUGAUGGUGGACUCAACGUUAGCUCAAGUGGGCAAGAAUCUGAGUGAAGCCAUGAGAAUCCUAGGAGACGGACAAAGAGAGGCAGAGACGGGACCAGAGAAGUGGCGUCGCAGCAGAACCAGCAUCCCUGGACCCUUGCAGGGAGUCGGUCAGGAUGUUGGCACUAUAUUGCACCUGGUUCACAACCUCAUUCAUGAUGAGGAAGAGGAGGAGGACAAGCCAAGUCAACAGAGGAUGCAGCAUGUGGGUGAACAGGGUCACAUGGCCUUGCUGGGUCACAGCCUGGCCGCCUACAUCUCGGUGCUGGACAGAGAGCGGCUGAGGAAGCUGACCACUCGGAUCCUGUCUGACACCACGUUGUGGCUCUGCAGACUGUUCAGGUACGAGAAUGGUUCAGCCUACUUCCAUGAGGAUGAAAGGGACGGCCUAGUCAAGGUGUGUCGGCUGGUCAUUAACGCCCGUUAUGAAGAAUAUGCCUCUGAGGGCUAUUCAGUCCUCAGCUCCAGACAGCCCGUCAUCUACCAGAGUGCCUCCGGCCGGCCUGGACUGGGACAACAUCUGUGCAGCCAGCUGGGCCUGCCUCUCUCUAGUCUGUGCACAGUCCCAUGCAACACCAUCUUUGGAUCCCAACACCAAAUGGACGUUGCCCUGUUGGACAAACUCAUUAAAGAGGACGUCGAAGCCGGGAAGCUUCCGUUGCUGUUGAUCGCCAACGCAGGUACCCCUGGGGCGGGACAUACAGACAAGUUGGCUCGUCUGAAGGACCUGUGUGAUCAGUACAGCAUGUGGCUCCAUGUGGAGGGGGUCAACCUGGCGACCCUGGCUCUGGGUCAGGUCACCUCUGCUAUCAUGGCAGCCAGCAGGAGUGACAGUAUGACACUGACCCCAGGUCAGUGGUUGGGACUCCCUGCUGUUACUGCUGUCACCCUCUACAGACAUGAAGACCCAGCAAUGUCUCUAGCAGCAGGUUUGACCUCCAGCCAGCCGGUGGCAAAGCUGCGAGCGCUGCCUCUCUGGCUCUCACUGCAGUACCUCGGUCAUAGUGGAAUUGUCCAGAAGAUCAGACAUGCCACCGCUCUGAGCGAGCAACUCCUGCAGAAGCUAAAAGCUCUGGCCUCCAUAAAAACCUCGGUGGAGGAUGAACUCAGCUCUCCUGUGGUGCUUUUCAGGUUUUCCCAGGAAAUGAGUUCUGCAUCCAGUGUGGGCUCAGUGGAAGCUUACUGUGCUGGGGAAAAAGAGGUGCUCGAUUCCUUCAACAGAUGGCUGGGUGAAGAGCUGCUUCAGCUGGUUCCCACCAGUGGGUUAGAUGUGGUGGAGCUGGAGGAUGAGGGUACAUGUGUUCGCUUCAGUCCCCUCCUGACUGCUGCAGUUCUGGGGACCCAAGAGGAGAACGUUGAGGAUCUGAUGGAGAAGCUGUCGGAGCUGGUGCCUGUGAUGUGCUCCACAAUGUGCCUGAGACAGGACUUCAAAGAGGAAACCCACCGACGCUCUCCCUCGCUCAGAUACAUAGAGGAGCUGAGCUGGCCUGGCCUCGGUGCUGUCCGGUACGAGCCUCAGGCUGAAGGAAUAGAUGAGAGCAGGAGGAAGCAGGAGCUGGAGAAAAUCAACAGCGAGCUGCUAAGGAAACUACAAGACCUUGACACUGACAUCAUCUUUUCCACUGGCCCUGAGUUUGGGACGGAGGAGGACUGUAUCUUUGUUGGCAUGGUGACCGAGGACGUUGACGUUUCAGAGCUGGUGAACACAGUAGCUGCUCUUGGGAGGGACAUAGAGGAGAGCGGAAGGCUCCUGGAGAACAUGACAGAGGUGGUGAGGAAAGGCAUUCUAGAGGCAGAGCUGCAGCUGCAACAGGCCAAUGAGGAGAAACUCAUUGAAGAGGGAAUGCUGAGACAGCUGCCUCUGGUUGGCUCUGUGUUGAACUGGUUCUCUCCAUUUCAAAGCUCCAUUAAGGGCAGGACCUUCAACUUGGCUGCAGGUUCCCUGGACUCCACAGAGACGACUUACUCCACCAAGGCCCAGCCAGGUAGGCCGUCCCUGCAAGAGAGUCCCACCUCCUCCUCAAAGAAACAACCAGGUCAGAGGUUGUUCCGGCGCUCAGGGGCGGGCUCCGACUCCUUUAGUGAAACCAGCUCCAUCGGCCCAGCUGAGGAGACAACCAGGGAGGCGAGUACCCCUCUUAGGGAGGAGAGUACCCCUCCCAGCGGUAGCAUCCAGCCCCCCGCCUCUCCUCCUGCGCCCGAGGAGGACUCACACACUGCAGGUGUUGUCGUACCAGAGAGUCUUCAGGAGUCUUCUGUGCAGGUGCAAACACAGCUGGAGGAUGAAGUGGCGUCAGAGGAGAGUCAGCCUGAAGGCCGAGAGGUGGAGCAGAGUGGGAGUUAGGAUGCACUCUGUCUGCAGGUGUCCUCAACCGUCCUCUAAAUGGUACCAGCCCAACAGAUUUUAAAAAGAAAGGUGUUAUUACAUGGUGAAUCUAACUCUUUCAGAUGGGAAGUGAAAUUGGUGAUGGAGCUAGAUUGGGCUGUUUGUCUCCACCCCUGAUACUUCCAUACUGCAAUGCUCUCUUCAGAGCAUUGGAGUUGUUUAGUGAUUAGUGACAUGUAGGUUGAUGACAAAUGUUCUGCUGCACUCUAAAUAUAUUUCGGAUCAUUUCCUGUAUUCCCAGAUGUAAUAAGAAUACAGUAAACAAAGGAGUUUUCAGGUGGAUUUCUCCUUUAAAGGUAGGAUGGACAUCCAGCCCAUCAUUGUGUUUUUACACUGAUGUCUUGUGGGAUGAGAGCAGAGGAGGAGCCAUAUCACACGCAGUAUAAUAAGAUUGGUUCACUUCAUCACUGAACUGGAAAUAUACCAGCUCUAUUAAAGCAAUGAGUGCCACUGCAAUUAUAAUGUUUAGAUUUCUCACUGUAAAUAGUCUACGCAGAUGUUAUAUAUCUAACCCAUGAAAUUACUAACUAACUAUUUAAAAUGAAAUUAAUCUGUAUAGAAGGAGUAGAGUAUCAUAAUCUAUUUAAUAAGAAAAUGGCUACUGAUAAUAACCUGCUUAAAACACACCCUUCAUGUUUGCACUGGGACAAAUCUGAAAACAAGAUUUAGAGAAAGAUCACAUUGUUAUGAAUAAAAAGUUGUAAUUUCAUGAGUCACAAUAUUAAAAUGAUUAAUUAUGAAAUCCUCUUACAUAAUUAGUCAUAUUAUACAAAUAUUUUACAAGAUGAAGCUUUAAUGGUUCAUGAAAAAGUUAGUCAUUGCUCAGUAAUUGCACACAAACUUGUAAUUUUAUGAGGAAAAAGUUAUGAAUUUACAAACCGUGAAAAGGUCAGUUUACAAGACAUUUGUAAUGUAAUUUUCAUAAUUUUAGUAAGUAUAAUUUUGCAAGAAAACAUCAUGAUUAAGUCGUAUUUUUUAAAACAAAACAAUUGAAAACAAUCAACUUUUUAAAACAAGUAUAUGUAAUUAUUGGAUGAAGAGCAUGUCCAUGGUUUAAUUACAUUAUUCUUAAAUAUGUGAAUGAAUCGUAAACACUUCUCAUUCUCAUUCUCAUCCUUGUAUACUGUUCUCUAUUUACUACAGUGGAGUAAGAGAAAAUACAUUACAAAGCUAUUCUCAAAAUAGUCCACGUUAUUCUCUUAUCACAAUAUCCUGACCUUUUCUAGUACAAUUACAACUUUAUUCACACAAUGAUUUUUUCGCAAUUAUUUCUUUUCCCCCAUAUACUAUGACUUCAUUCUCAUAUGAUCAAAGUUCUGUAAUAACAUGGACCAUAAUACUCUAUUUUACAAUAUAAACUUUGUGAAUCAAAAUCAGAUUCCCUUUCUAAUUGCACAUGCAGCUGUGGUCAAUGUUUUCUUUGGGUCUUUUUAUGCAAAUAUAUGUUUGUUAAUCAGUAAUGUGAGCUGCCACAGAGGAGCGUUGCUUCACAGGUACUUUGCCAAACCUCUCCUGCCCCCCUGGGUCAAAGGACUUCCUGUCGGCCACAUGUCUGUCUUCUUUCUUUACUUGAGUUGCUUUUACCCCACCCAACUCUUUUGUCCUUGUCCCGUUUGCUGUCUUUUGGUAUACAUAAUAACAGAUCGUACCAGCUGAUGAUGAGCAUGUUAUGGACACUUUAUUGUGUUUCUUUGAAGGAUGUUUGUGUUGAAGUUCCCACACCACCACUGAGAGCAGCUUUUUCUUGGUUUGAGUUGUUGCUCAUUUCCUGAAUUCCUUUCACACUCUAUUCUGUACUGGCUGUGUGUGCCCCACCGAGACAGUGUGCAGGGUCCUUCAGGGUAGAUCCUGAGGGACCCUGCACACUGUGUGCUCUUGGUCGUCCCAGUCCGUCGUGAAAAAAUGUGGUUAAAUCUGUGGUUGUCCAGAAUGUCAGAUGCCUAACCAAAGACCUACUGCGUCAAAGCUCUCACAAUGUGACAGGAAAUGACUUAUGUCGCCUGUAGAUAUGCCCUCAAAUCUGAAAUCACACAGAUGUGAUGAGACCAUCUCUCUGUGUGACAUGUAGCCAACCUGUAAGAUCACUCCUUGUCUAGAGGCCUUAAUGCUUCAGUGUUCUGAUGAAUACACGCUUAAUAUGGAACGGUCAUGGAAACUUCAGUCGCCCUAAUAUUAAGCAUUUUUAUGCAACUUUACUCAACGUGGCUUCUCAUCGGUAAGUGAUUAUCAUUGAUGUCAUGCCUUUUGGAAUUGAAUUGGAGUGAAUGAGGCUCAAUUGGUCUGGCAGAUUGGUUUCUAUUAGUUACAUUUGCUCUCGUGAAAAUGCCUGAAACAACCUGUAGUACCGGUGGAACAUUUACCCUAAAGACUUGUAAUAUGUGGAUUAAUACUGUGGUGAGAACGAAGAUUAGAAAAGAAUCUAUGUCAGCAUUAUUGCACUUAUUCUGUAGAUAAUUUAUUUACUCUUGUUCUUUAUUUAAUUUUUGACAUGGUGUAAAUGAAGCAGAAUCUUGUUGAUUAUGUCUGUUAUUUGAUCCUACUGCAAAGCUAAAUCUAUAACGUCAUAACCUUACGGGAACAUGUUCGAUGUAGGGAAAUGUCCUGCCUGUCAAUGUCUGAAUGAUUGAUUGUAUUUGAUAAGCAGAAUGUUUUCUCUUGAAUGUUUUCUACGAUUAGUUUACAGAAAAGAAACACGUUGACAUUUUCUGUACAUUUUGUCUUAACAGAAUAAAUUCAAAGUUUUGUAGUCUAAAUGUCCGGCCACGGCUGUAUAUGUAGAUCACUUCUAACUGCAUGUACCGCUCCGUCUGAUUCUGUUCGUCUUCCUCUGUACUGUUGAGAGCUGUUCCUUUUUAAUACAACUGGUGUGUGGUUCAGGUA